GUGUCAGGAGAUGGGCCAGGCUUGCGUCUCCAGCUGUGUCAGCCCCGAUGCGGGCAGAGCCGGCAGCUGCGAGGCGCCGCUCUUCCACGAGUGCGCCCCGUCCGAUGAGGUGAUCAUCAGCACCACUGGCGACGAUGGGAUGCGGAGGGCCCGCCUUCGAAACCGAUCAAGCGGCAGCAAGGCCCUGCCAGAGGAGUUUCGGCAUGAGCUGGGCCUGAACAGCUACCUGGGCACUUGCUCACUGGGCUGCGUCGUGCGAACACUGCACACCCCCAGUGGGUCGACGUGUGCGCUGAAGCGCAUUAGCAAGAAGCUCCUUGUUGGCACUGAGUGGAGGGAAGAUGUGGCGAGGCUGCAGGAGCUGGAGCAUCGCCACAUCUGCCGAGUGAAGGACGCUUUCGAGGACGCGACCAGCGUGUACCUGGUAAUGGAUCUCUGUCGGGGAAGCAACCUCAACAGCAUCACCCGGAGCAUGCGAAAUCGGCCCCUCAACGAAGCCCACGUCGCCGUUAUGGUGCACCAGAUGCUUCAGGCAGUUUGCCACUUGCACGGCGCCGGCUAUGUACACAGCGACAUCUGCCCAGAGAACUGGCUCUUUGACGAGCCCCUGGAGGGACACAGCGCAUUUGCGAACAUGACCCUGAAGAUGAUCGACUUCGGCCUGGCGAAGAAGCACUCCAGGGAGCAGGUGCGAAAGCCCCAGCGGUACAGCCACCUUAGCAUGGCGAGUUCGUGGGGCUCGGAUCGACGUUCGUCGCAUGGGACGAGCCCCGGUCGUUCCCCGGCCUGA